CGACCAAACAGCUGCCUCAGUGAACAACAAAAUGGCUUUAAGUUAAUUUGCCACCAAUUCAAAUAAACCCCAAAUUAACAAACCUACAAAACAAAACAAAAAAACAUAUCAUUUUAAUAGUCCUUUUUAACACAGGACUUCCUUCCCCGAAUUACCCUUUCUUUUUUUUUUGGAAAAACAUAAACGUAAAAUACCAGCUGCAAUAUGGUUAAGGGUAUUUUAGUAAAUCGUAAAUCGGAUGAGUCGUUUAAAGCACAACUUAAAAUGGAACAUGCUGACCUUGUGGCUGAAAUGCAAACAGUGGAAAAUUUACCCACACAUGAACGCCUACAACUAGCAAGACUACGACGAGCACAACAACUAAAAGUAGCCAGACAAAAAGAAAAAGAAUGGUUAAAACUACAACGAGCCAAAGGUGUCAAUCUCUCCACCCUAAAUGGCAUGAAUACAACACAUCACUUUCGUAACGGUUCCAAUUUGUCAUCAUCAUCGAAACGUCACAUAUCGUUUGAGAACAGUGUCGUUCUGCUCGAGGCUGCCUCACGCAAUGAUAUGCAUGAGGUAGCCGAAUUACUGGAACAUGGCAUAACACCGGAUGCAGCCAAUGAGGAUGGCCUGACCGCGUUGCAUCAGUGUUGUAUUGAUAAUAAUGUGGAAAUGUUAAAACUUCUGCUGGAAUAUGGUGCUAAUGUUGAUGCUCAAGACAGUGAUAAAUGGACGCCAUUACAUGCUGCCGCCACCUGCGGUCACUUAGAGUUGGUGCGUAUAUUAAUCGAUCAUGGUGCUAAUUUAUUGGCCGUCAAUACCGAUGGCAAUAUGCCGUAUGAUUUGUGUGAUGAUGAGAAUACUUUAGACUAUAUAGAGGCUGAAAUGUCGAAAAGAGGCGUGACACAGGAAUUGAUCGAUGAAACAAGAUCCGCCACGGAACGAUUAAUGUUAAGAGAUUUAAUGGAGCUAUCAAAAAAUGGUGGAGAUAUAGAACAGCCAGAUGAACACGGUGCAACACCGCUGCAUAUAGCCUCGGCGAAUGGUUAUAUUAAAGUGGUGGAAUUUCUUUUGGAACAACAUGUUAAUGUUGAUGCUUUAGAUAGAGAUAUGUGGUCACCGGUGCAUGCGGCAGCCUGUUGGGGUCAUUUGGAAGUCUUGGAAAUGCUGGCCCAAUGUGGUGCUGAUUUAAAUAUCAAAAACAAAGAUGAUGAAACACCCUCAGAUAUUUGUGAGGAUCCAGAAAUACGCGAACGUAUAGAACAAUUAAAAACCGAACAGGAAAGUAAACGUUUGGCAGAGGCUCAAAGACGUCGCGUAAGAAGAUCUCAAAGUAAUAAUACCAGAGCACAAUCGGUACGUCGUACAUCCUUGCGCGAUAAAACGCUAACAACCAAAAAAGAUGCCGUCGAAGAGGCUCGUUUACGUCUACAAGCUCAGGAAGUUUUUGUUACAGCCACACCCGAUAGCACAACCCUCGAUCCAAAUGGUAUAACGGACCACAAUCAUCAUACCCAGUUAGAUGGUUCUGCAGCCGAUUGGCUAGCGAAGACAUCAACCGCAGCAACAAAUCAUCACAAUAAUAACAACAACAACAAUAAUACCUUAAAAACCAAUAAUAAUCAUAGAAAUUCCUACGAUCCUAGUCUUAAAGAUAUGGUAGAUUCCAAUAGCAUUUCCAGUAUGAGCUUACAGCAGUUACAACAACAUCAACAACAUUCCUAUCAACCACGGCGACCACCAGAAGGUCGUGAAAAUGAUGAAUUACAAAUGCAUGCAUUUAAAACUAAUGGUGAACAUUCCACAGGGGGAGCCACUGGCCAACACAUAAACGGUUUAAAUGGAGUCGGUAUUGGAGGCGGAAAUGAUGGUUCAUCAGCAUCUACGGCGACAACCGCUGCAGCUGUGAUUGCCGCCACAACAACAGCUAACACUGGUCAUGGCACGGAAGCUGUACAAAUACAGUCAAGUAAAGAGGCCACAAAUGGCAAAAUAAAUGUACAAGUCACUGUGUUAGUGGACACAUCCAAUACCCAUAAUCUCCAGCAACAACAACAAUCACAACAAACCACGCAUUUGCAUCACAAUCAACAACAGCAUCAGACGUCACAGCAACAGACGCCACAGCAACAGCACAUGCAUAUGCAUCUACAUGGUCAUGGUCAUUAUAAUAAUUUGACAGGCUCAACAACAGCUACAUUUCAUAAUCAGCUUCCACAUCAUAAUCCGUCACAGCAACAGCUACAACAACACCAUCCUCUACUACAAUUACAACAUCAAAACUCACAAUUAUUGGAUAUGACCCUAUCAUCCUCUCAAGGUUUGGCCAAUGCCACCACCUUGGCCAAUUUGAAAAAGCAACGCUCUAUGUCGCGUUGCUUAAAUGGUAAUAAUGCUAAUGGUAAUAGUAGUAAUUGUGAAAAUGGUUCUGUUUUAGGAGCCGCCAACUCAACAAAUCAUAAUCACAAUCACAUCUCCCACAACAACCAUCAUCACAACCACAAUAACAACAACACCUUAGAAGGACAAGUUAAUACCCAACAGCCGGCCUUAAGCAAUGGUGGCCUACAGCAUCCUGCACUAAUGGACUAUAAUGGUUUAAUAAACGAUCAUCCAUCAUCGGUACAGCAGACAGCGUCAGGUGUUGGUGGGGGAGGAGGUGCUGGAGGAGGAUCAGCAACAGCUGGUGGUAUGAAUAAGUUUAGUGGUGUUACUGGUGAUGUGGUAAGUGAUAGUACAAGUUCGAAAAAAUGUUGUAUAGUGAUGUAAA